AUGACAAUAAGUAAUAUACAUGAAAAAAUUAAUAAUAAUAUUGAUUAUUUAAAUAAUAAUUUCAAUUAUUUGAAUAAUUUUACUAUUAAUGAAAGGAAUGAAUAUAAAAAUAUAUUAAGUGAAACACUUUAUCUUACAUAUUCAUCACAUCGAUUAGAUGAUUUUAAAGAAUUAAUAGAAAUUGUUAAUGAAAAAUUUUCAGAUAUGUAUAAUGAAAAAUAUAAAAAUUUUACCUUUUUAACAUUUAGAGAUAUGGUAGAAAGUGUUUAUGAUAAAUUAAAACUUGAAAUAGAAUAUAAAGAAUUUCAAAAAUAUCCUCAUAAUCCUUUUGUUAAUGUAAAUUUUAAACCAUUAACAGGUUAUGAUUUUAAAUUAAAAAAAGUUUAA